AUGGAAGCAUUAACUACUUCCAGGGUUGUGCCAAUUCAGGUCCCCUGUAGAAAGCUCUCACCAGCGUUUGAUAAUUUGCAAUCUUCCCUUGAGUUUAGGAGAUCUCCUUGUAAAGGGGGUGUCUCCAUCAUGAACCAUCCCAAAUUGCUUCGUCCAGUGACUGCUUCUGCGCAACCACAGGAGUUGACGAGUUUAGGGCACGAAGGAAACGUUGUUCCUUCUAAAGAAAUUCUUGAUCUUUGGAGAAAUGUGGAAGCGGUGUGCUUCGAUGUGGAUAGCACGGUUUGUGUGGAUGAAGGUAUUGAUGAGCUUGCAGAGUUUUGUGGAGCUGGAAAGGCUGUUGCUGAAUGGACUGCCAGAGCAAUGGGUGGAUCUGUUCCAUUUGAAGAGGCUCUAGCAGCAAGGCUUUCUUUGUUCAAGCCUUCUCUUUCAAAAGUUGAGGAAUUUCUCGAAAAGAGACCCCCAAGGUACUGUUUCUUUACUAUGAUCCAAGCUACGUACCCUUGA